GAAGUGUUGAGGAGUCUAAAACAAACGAAUCUGCGGAUGAAAAAGUAUCUAAUUCUUCUGUUGUUGUUGUUGCUGCAGUUCAAUCAACGGAUGAAGAGGAUGAGGAUGAAAAUCCAAAAGACGGACAGGAUGGAUCAAAUUUAUCCGUACUUUCUCUCGUAUGUAGUGAAAUGUUGGAUAAAUCUCAUGAUCCAUCCAAACAAAAAGGAAAAAAAACAAUGGAAAAGCAGCCAAAGAUUAAUAAAGAACCAUCGAAGGAUGUUUCAUCACCAAAAGGCUCCAAUGAUAGUGUAACACCUAAUAAUGAAAAGGCGAUAAAUGGAAAUAGUGAAACUUGUGGCACGGUCAGUAGUCCACUAGUUUUUUCAAUCCCAGCAAAUUCUUAUCCAGUUGCACCAACUCAAGUCGUCCCAAUCAAACGUGAGACAACACUCAAUGGUGCUAGCACUUCAACAGAUUUUAAACGUGCUAAACAUUCUUUAAUUAACGACGCGGGACAAGGACAAUUUCAACUGGAACAAACAUCAUUUUCUCAGCAACAA